AUGCCUCGAAGUCAGCCGAGGAGUAAGAACCCUGGCCAGGAGAAAUGUCAGCAGGUGCGAGGAGACACCCAAGAUCUUGAGGGGACUCAGGCCACUGCAGCAGGAGAGGAAGGCUCCUUUCCCUCCUCUGCUCCCCGUCCUGGGGCAUCUCCUCGCCAGAGCUACACUGUUCCUCCCACUCCCCAGGUUGCUCAGAGACCCCCACCCAUUCCCUUGGCUGCUGAAGGUGCCUCUUGCACAGGGGAUGACGAAGUUGCCCAGGACCAAGAUGAUGCCUGUGCAAGUUCCUCUGAGGGCCUCGCCGCGACCCCACAAAAAGACCCUCUAGCCAGGAGGAUGUGCUUGUUUCUGCAGUUCCUGCUGCACAAGUACCAAAUGAAAGAGCUCAUUACCAAGGCAGAGAUGAUGAAGAUCAUCAACAAGAAGUACAAGGAGCACUUCCCGGAGUUCCUGCAGAGGGCCACCGAGCACAUGGAGCUGGUCUUCGGCCUUGACCUGAAGGAAGUCGAGCCCAAGGCUCAAGUCUACGUGAUUGUCAGCAAAUUAGAGUUCAGUGAGGAAGAGAAUCUGAGUUGUGGCAGAAGGUACCCCAAGUAUGGCCUGCUGAUGCCUCUCCUGGGCAUGAUGCAUGCGAGUAACAACCAGGCCAAAGAGGAGGAUGUCUGGGAAUUCCUGGGUAACCUGGGAAUCUACAAGGGGAAGAAGCACUUCAUCUUUGGGGACCCCAGGAAGCUCCUCACCGAAGAUCUGGUACGGGAGCAGUACCUGGAGUACCGCCAGGUGCCCGGCAGCGAUCCUCCACGCUAUGUGUUCCUGUGGGGUCCCAGGGCUUGUGCUGAAGCCAACAAGAGUAAGGUCCUGGAGUUUCUGGUCAGGAUCCGUAAAAUGGACCAGAACGCUUUCAAAACCCUGUAUUUGCAAACUUGGAAAGAUGAGGAACAGAGAGAAGCAUCCGCGGAAUGGCCUGGGGUUGGUGUGAAUGCCAGGGCCAGGGCCCGAUUCAGGGCCAAGUCCAGCAAGGCCUCCCACCCUAGUGGAGUGUGA